AUGGCUUCUCGUGAGAUACUACACUUUUUUAGCCGAUGGAAGCUUAAUACUGAAUCUCUGAAGAAGUUGAGGACAACUUUACUGUAUAUCAAUGCAGUGCUCAAUGACGCUGAAGAGAAGGUAAAAAACCCAGCUGUCAAAGAGUGGGUUAACGAGUUAAAAGAUACUGCUUAUCAUGCUCAGGACUUACUGGAUGAGAUUACUACUGUUGCCUCGCGCUACAAGCUGGAAGCUGAACUGGAAAUGUGCAGAAGUAAGGUACGAAGCUUAAACUUAACUUCUCUUAGUUUUUCUUACCAGGGGAUUGAACCAAAGUUAGAAAAGAUUCUAGGCAGACUAGAAUUUCUUGCAAAGGAAAGAGACAUCCUUGGUCUGAAAGAAGGUGGUGGUGAGAAACCUUCACGAAAGUGGCCGACAACGUCUUUGGUUGAAGAAUCCAGUGUAUACGGUAGGGAUGAUGAUAAGGACGCCAUAAUCAAGUUGUUGCUGUCAAAUGACCGCAGUGGUGAUAGCAUAAGUGUGAUUCCCAUAGUGGGCAUGGGUGGUGUAGGCAAGACCACCCUUGCUCAGCUUGUAUACAACAAGAAGUUGGUGACGGAUGUUUUUGAAGUCAGCAUGGUCUCCUCAACUGGUGAUAGUGACAAUCUAGAUCUACUCCAAGUUAGGUUGAACAAGAGUCUUAUGGGAAGGAAAUUUCUGAUUGUGUUGGAUGAUGUAUGGAGCGAAAAUUACGAGGAUUGGUCCUUAAUGAGUGUUUUGAAAUCAGGGGCACAUGGGAGCAGGGUUAUUGUAACAACACGUCACAAAAGUGUUGCUUUAACUGUACGUAAAGGCACAGUUCAACCUUAUCAUUUAAUGCAAUUGACAGAUGAAGAUUGCUGGUUGUUAUUUGCAAAACAUGCAUUUGGCAACAUAGAUUCUCAAGAAUAUCCAGAGUUGGAGCUAAAUGGUAAGGAAGUGGUGAAGAAGUCUAAUGGCUUGCCUUUAGCAGCAAAAACUCUUGCUGGUCUCUUACGGGUGAAUUUCGAUCCUAAGGAAUGGAUUAAAAUAUUGGAGAGCAAUAGAUGGAAUUUCUCAGAUGGUGAAAGCAGUAUUCUGCCCGCUCUUAGAUUGAGUUACCAUUAUCUACCUUCAUAUCUAAAACCGUGCUUUGCUUAUUUCUCAAUCUUUCCUAAGAACUUCAAAUUUAAAAUGGAUGAGUUAAUGCUCUUAUGGUUGGUGGAAGAUUUUUUGCUAUCCCCUAAAACAGAGAAUUUAGAAGAAGUAGGUAGUGGGUAUUUCAAUGAGCUAGUAUCUAGGUCAUUCCUCCAACAAUCAUCAAAUAUACGCUAUGUUAUGCAUGACCUGUUGCAUGAUUUAGCAAAAUUUAUCUCUAGGGAGUUUUGUUUUAGAAUGGAGGGUAACAAUUCAUAUGGCUUAUCGGAAAAGACUCGUUAUUUUUCAUAUUCUAGAAGAAAGUGUGAUGCCUAUGAGGGAUUUGAAGCCUUACAUAAAGCCAAGGGAACCCUUUCUGUUUUGAAGUUAGAAAAUGUUGUCAAUACUAGAGAUGCUUUGGAGACCAAUUUGAGGGAUAAGUUACAACUUGAAGAAUUAGUAUUGAAAUGGGGUGGACAGACGGAUGACUUCAAAAAUGAUAGAGAAGUACUAGACCAACUGCAACCUCAUGCAUAUCUAAAAAGGCUUAAAAUUGAAAAUUAUGGUGGCACAGCAUUUUCAGAUUGGGGCCUUUUUUUUACAUGGGGCCUUAGGCGGUUGCAUUUUUUGCUCCACCAUAGAGCCGGCCCUGAGACUAUUGAUACAGAGUUUUAUGGGACUGCUGCUUUUGGGAAAGAGCCAUUGGAAUCGCUAGAAAUUUUGCGCUUCAAGAACAUGUUGCAAUUGAAGGAAUGGGCUCCUUUCGCAGAUGUGAAUGGAGGUGCAGCAAUUCUGAUAAUAUCCUUCAUGAGGGAGAGAUUCAGACUCACGCCUGACUGUCUGAGUGCCUACAUACCUAAGAGCUGGGUUGAUCUUGAGGAUUGGGGGUCUUCUGUCUUCAAAAGGAAUGCCUUGAGAGUAAUCAUUACCAAAUUGGCUUAUGCUGCAGCAGAGAAAUGCCGUAGUCCACGCAGGGCAGGUUAG